AUUCCUCAACCCCAUAAAACUUUUUGUCACGCUAUACCAGAGUAGCUGUAGGAAAGAAGUGAGCAUUAUUGUUUCAGACAAUUUUUUUUUCACCGUGGCACAUACUGGCAGAUUUUAUUUGAGAUGACCCUCCCUUUAGUCUAGAGAAUAAGUCAAGAGGAAACUAUACCGUUGGCUAGAGUAAUGAAUGCCCUUGGAAAUGAUAUAGAAAGAAAAAAUUGCUGGAAUUUUGAAGGAACACAGAAAAUUGAUGAGCAUUAUAAGAGAAAGAGAGAAACAAGAAAGACUUCAAACUCUACAAAAAGAACUAUUCAUUGUCUUUUUUUCUUUGCUUUUCAUGCUUGCAGAAUUUUGUUUUCUUUACACUUAUGAACUCGUACAUGGAAAUCUCCUUAGAAUUUUGAAAGCUUAACAUUUCAGAUAUUAGAAAUAAUUAUUGACACAACAAAAUUCGUACAAAGUCAUUUUCUUAAAGAAUAAGUUACGAAAAGUACUUCCUUGUGUAUGAGAGACAAAGAUCUCUUCGAUAAUGAUGAUUCAUUUUCUUUGUUCAUUGUAGUUAUUCCCAAUAUUCCAAUUGAUGCUCGAUGGUCACAGAAUGGAAAGACCGUUACUGGAGAUAAUGGAGAAGGCAAUGCCACAAAUCAACUCGACGGGCCUCACGGUCUCUUCGUUGAUGAUGAUCAAACGAUGAUCAUUGCUGACUGCCGGAAUCAUCGUAUCGUUCAAUGGAAGAUGGGUGAUACGAAUGGACAAGUUGUAGUUGGUGAAAAGGGCCAAGGAAAUCGCUUAGAUCAAUUGAAUUAUCCAACCGAUGUGCUAAUCGACAAAGAGACUGAUAGUCUCAUUAUUUGCGAUUCCGGAAAUACUCGAGUCGUACGAUGGUCUCGUCGUAGUGGCACAACUCAAGGAGAAAUCCUCAUUGACAACAUCAAUUGUUGGGGAUUGUUUAUGGAUGAUCAGAGAUAUCUCUACGUCUCUGACUACAAAAAACAUGAAGUAAGACGAUAUCAAAUAGGAGACAAGAAUGGAAUUAUUGUGGCUGGUGGAAAUGGCAAAGGUGCUGGUCUCAAUCAACUCAACUGGCCCACCUACAUCUAUGUCGAUCAACAACAGGCUGUCUACGUGUCAGACAACUGGAAUCAUAGUGUAACGAAAUGGGAUAAAGGUGCAAAAGAAGGCAUUGUCGUCGCUGGAGGUCACGGUCAAAGGGAGGCUCUGACACAAUUGUGUCGUCCCCAAGGAAUCUUCAUCGAUACGUUGGGUACCAUCUAUGUGGCAGAUUCGGAGAAUCAUCGAGUAAUGCGUUGGUCUAAAGGAGCAAAACAGGGUACUGUUAUUGUGGGUGGAAAUGGUGAAGGAGCAGGAGCAAAUCAGUUCCAUUAUCUCCGU